UCGGCUCCGGCACCGCUACGGGAUGUCCAUGGCCGCCUUCUAAAUCCGCGUUCAUGCGUAACCUGCCGGAAGCGCAAGGUCAAAUGCGACAAACUCCACCCCUGUUCAAACUGCGCUCGCGCUCACAUCGAGUGUGUCUUUCCUACUCCAGGAAGAGCCCCACGUAAACCUCGCAAAGUCAGCGACUCGCGAGAUGCCGAACUGCUCGAUAGACUGCGCCGUCUCGAGGGUGUUGUCAAAGGUCUCGGUGUAGAUAUCACGAAUCCUGAUUCCUUCCCUGAUCCACCGCCUGAUUCCCCCGAAGAAGCCGGUCCCCCAGAGCUCUCUGAAAUAACACUACCUACAGCUCGGACAUGUCCCAAUCCACCCGACCCUACACACUCCAACAAACAUGGGAACGAGGAUGAGCAUGAGCGAUGGGCAGCAAAGAACAAGCACAUGGACGAGUCUCGGAGUGCCAAGUUUGAGACCAGAUUUGGUCGUCUGGUCAUCAACGAAGGUCGCUCAAGAUACGUGAACAACUCCUUUUGGGCCAACCUCAGCAACGAGGUUGAGGACCUCAAGGGCAUAUUGAACCAGAACACCGAUGAUGAAGCCGACGACCCGUCCCCUGUCCAGUCCCAGCCUGAUCAGCACCAUGCCUGGAUCUUUAGUUUCAGCUCGCAAAAUGUCGACCUCUUGUCUCUGCAUCCUAUCGCUGGCCAGAUCGAAGCGUAUUGGAAUAUCUACAGGGAACGUGUGGAUCCUCUUGUCAAAGUCCUCCAUAUUCCUACCAUUGAGCCCACCGUUCUGGCGUCCGCCUCUCACCUUGCAAAUCUAUCUAAAAGUUUCGAGGCAUUACUGUUUGCCAUCUACUAUGGUACUAUCACGAGUCUUUCCGAGGACGAAUGCCUCAACAAGUUGGGUGAGGAAAAAGGCUUGCUUUUGUCACGCUACCGGUUUGGUGUCGAGCAAGCGCUUGCAAGGGCAAACUUCCUCACCACUGAGGAAAUGAUGGUAGUGCAAGCAAUCGUGAUUUACUUGAUAUGCUUGCGCAGAAACAACGAUGCCCGUGUCAUCUGGACAUUGACUGGUCUCGUCGUCCGAAUCGCUCAGACUCUUGGUGUGCAUCGCGACGGGUUGCAUUUCAAUCUUCCACCAUUCGAGAUCGAGAUGCGAAGACGCCUGUGGUGGCAGAUAUGUAUUCUGGACGUACGAGCUUCAGAAGAUCAUGGAAGCGAUCCUACCAUCACUGAACAAGCGUUUGACACCAAAAUGCCACUCAAUAUCAACGAUGAAGAUCUGUAUCCUGCAAUGACCAGAUUGCCUGACGAGCGGCAAGGCUGUACAGACAUGUCGUUCUGCCUCAUUCGGUUCGAAGUUGCUAACACUUUCCGUCGGCUUAACUAUAUCCCGCCUGGUGAGCCUAGACAGUGCGGUGACUUCUUUGCUUCAGUUACGCUCGAGGACAAGGAGCGAUGGAUCAACGAAUGCCACAAAAGACUUGAAGAACGAUACCUCCGGCAUGUGGACAUGUCGAUCCCGUUGUAUUGGGUCACUGCUACAGUUGCUCGACUGAUGAUGAGCAAGAUGUGGCUGAUGAUCUAUCAUCCUCAUCAGAGGAAAGAUGGCGGCAAAAGUCUCUCCGAGGAAACCCGGGAGAAGUUGUUCAUCACGAGUCUGGAAAACGUCGAGUAUGCGUUGCUGAUGGAGACUGAGUCUCGUACAGAAAAGUGGAGCUGGCUCUUCAAAACGUACAUACAAUGGCACGCACUAGCAUUUCUGCUUGGCGAGCUUUGUAAUCGCACGAGUGGUGACCUGGUCAAUCGAGCGUGGUCUUCGGUUGAAAAAUGUAUACGGUCCAGCUGGAAAGAAGCAUCUAACAAGGAGGAAUCACGUAGCGGACAUCUGUGGAAACCAUUGAUGAAGCUUCUUGCCAAAGCUCGAAUGGCGAGAGCGCAAGCCAUCCGAAAAGAACAAGCG